CCCAUCUCUUCCAUGUCAUUAAAAAAAUUAUAGAAUAAAAUACAGAACAAAUGUAAACAUUAUUUAUAAGUGGCGCCAACAGUUCUUCAACAAUAUAAGAACUAGUGUCAUCGGUUGCACUUAUAUACAUAUGUGACAAUAUAUAAAAACUAGUACUGGAAUCUCAAACAUAAUAUGGCUUUAAAUGGAUUUUUAGAAUUCUUCCAGAAGGGCAAGACUUUUAGGCCUAAGAAACCCUUUGCCUCAGGAACAAUUAGAUAUUCUCUACAUAAACAAGCUCAGGCCAGUCUGCAAUCCGGGAUUAAUCUCCGGCAAGUUGUGCGGUUACCGCAAGGGGAAAAUUUGAAUGACUGGCUAGCGGUUCAUGUUGUGGACUUUUUCAAUCGAAUAAAUCUUAUUUAUGGUACCGUUUCGGAGUUUUGCAACGAAACUACCUGUCCAACUAUGUCCGGUGGAUCUCGGUAUGAGUAUUUGUGGGCAGAUGGGGAUUUAUACAAAAAGCCAACCGCCCUCUCAGCACAGAAAUAUAUUGAGCACCUAAUGGAUUGGAUUGAGACGCAAAUCAACAACGAAUCUGUUUUCCCCGUGUCCACUGAUGUUCCUUUUCCAAAAAAUUUUUCAGCUAUUAGUCGUAAAAUUUUAACCCGACUGUUUCGUGUAUUUGUUCACGUCUAUAUUCAUCAUUUUGACCGUCUAGUGAGCAUUGGCGCUGAGGCUCACGUAAAUGCUUGUUACAAACAUUUUUACUACUUUGUACAAGAAUUCGACAUGAUUUCGGCCAAGGAGCUGGAACCACUGCAUGAAAUGACUUCCAGAAUUUGCAAAGACAAGGAUUAAAUGUAAUUCGUACUAGAAUGUGGUGUAAAUACUUUUUGUUUAUUAAAAAAUAAAAAAGAUUUCGACUA